CGCCCCCUCCAUGAUUUUUCCGAUAGGGAAAGCCCCAAAAUGGCCCCUUUUCUCCCCCUCCCCCCACCGCGCGGCGGUGCCGUCGCGGCCGGAAUGCGCCGUUAUCGAUUGGGGUUAAUGAUCACCGGGGAUUUACGGCUCGGCCGAGGGCGGAUUGGCUCCGGGGCCCUCACGCCGGCGGCGCUCAUCCGGAGGGCUCCGGAGGGGUUAUAUAUAGGGCUGCGGUAGAGUCGGGGACGCAGCCUCGCGCCGACGAUGCCGGGAGACGCCGCGCUGGCCGGCGCCGUGCUGGGCGCCAUGCUGGUGCUGGCGUCUCCGUCGUUGACCCCCAUCCACCGCUCGGGUUUCUGCUCUUUCUACGGCGACUGCGGCCCCAACCCGGAGGCGGACGCCCCCCUGGCGCUCUCGCGCGUCCCGUGCCUCUCCAACACUCCGGCGCGCGCCGCUUCCGACUCCCUUUUAUCCCUCCUCCGCACCGUCUGCCCCGAACUGCUCCGCGACGACAACCGCACCACCUUCGUUUGCUGCUCUUUGGCUCAACUCAACUCCCUGAAGCUCAGUUUGGACCUCUCCGGCGCCGUUCUCUCCCGGUGCCCUUCGUGCGCCCGCAAUUUCGCCAACAUCCACUGCCACAACAUCUGCAGCCCCGACCAAAGCCUCUUCACCAACGUCACCCGCGUCGCCAACCGCACCUCCGCGGCGUCGGGAACGCUCCAACGCGCCGUGGUGGAAUACCAAACCUUCUACCGGCGCCGCUUCGCCGACGCUUCCUUCUCCUCCUGCCGCCACGUCCGUUUGCCGGCGACGGGCGGUUACGCUUUGGACACCAUGUGCGGCUCUUACGGCGCUCAACUCUGCACCGCACAGCGGUGGUUGAACUUCCAGGGCGAUCGCAACAACGGUUUAGCGCCGUUGCAGAUCGAGUUCCGCCUGGUGCCGGACGGCGAUCAGCCCGGCGACGCCAUCGCGCCCUUGGACGCCGCGGUGUGGCGCUGCGAUCAAGCGCCGAGCGACGCCGAGCAGCCGUGUUCGUGCCAAGACUGCGCCGCCUCCUGCCCGCCGCUCCCGGCGCCGCCGCCGCCGCCGCCUCCCUUCCGUUUGGGCGACGCCGACGGCGCUUUGGUUCUUUCCAUGUGGCUCUUUGGCUUUUUCGCUUUGGUUUUUCUCACCGAUGUCUUCGUCCGCCGUUGCGGCUCCGGGGAAGUCAACGCCGGCAAAGCGGCGGUGGCGGAUGAUGGUUGCGCGGCGCGGAUGGGCGCCGCCGCUCACCGCCUCUUGGCCAAAGGGUUCCGGCGCUGGGGGGCGCUGGUGGCGGCGCACCCUUGGGCGGUGGUGGCGGCGGCGGCGGUGGCGGUGGGCGGUUUGUCGGUGGGUUUGGUGAAGUUGCGCCUCACCACCGACCCCGUGGAGUUGUGGUCGGCGCCGCAGAGCCGCGCCCGGCAAGAAAAGGCCUUUUACGAUCGCCAUUUCGGCCCUUUCCUUCGCACCAACCAAGUGAUCAUCACCGCGCCGCGAAGGACCACCGCCGCCGCCUACGAUUCGGUGCUGUUCGGAAGGAAGAACUUCAGCGGAAUCCUCACGGAAGAGGUGUUGAGGGCGGUGUUGGAGCUUCAGGAGCGUCUGACGGCGGCGACGGCGACGGCGGCGAAGAAAGAGGUGAAACUCAACGACGUUUGUUACGCUCCUCUCAACCCCCAAAAUCCGACGUUGGACGACUGUUGCGUCAACAGCGUCACUCAGUACUUCCAGAACAACGGCACUCGGAUGGCCAUGACGGCCGCGCAGAGCGUCGGCAAAGAGAACGGCACCGUGGAUUGGCGCGACCACCUCGUCUACUGCCUCAAUUCUCCGCUGUCGUUCAAGGACAUUACGGCGCUGGGGCUGAGCUGCGCCGCGCAGUACGGGGGCCCCGUCUUCCCCUACAUCGCCCUCGGCGGCUACCCCGGCUCCGAGUACACGGAGGCCGAGGCUCUGAUCGUCACCUACUCCCUCAACAACUUCCCCCGCGAGGACCACCGCUACGAGUGGGUCCUCCGCUGGGAGCGGCGCUUCCUCGACAUCGUUGGAGACUUCCGGCGCAGCCACAGCCCAAACCUCUCCGUCGUCUUCAUGGCUGAGCGCUCGCUGGAGGACGAGAUCAACCGCACCACCGUGGAGGACAUCUCCGUCUUCACCGUCAGCUACCUCGUCGUCUUCGUCUACAUCGCGGUGGCCCUGGGGGAGUACACGGCGUGCCGGCGCGUCCUGGUGGAGUCGAAGGUGACGCUGGCGCUGGGCGGCAUCGCGGUGGUGUUGGGCGCCGUCCUCUCCUCCAUGGGGCUCCUGGCGCUCCUGGGGUUGUCCUCGUCCCUCAUCAUCCUCGAGGUGGUCCCUUUCCUCGUCCUCGCGGUGGGCGCCGACAACAUCUUCAUCUUCGUGCGGGAGUUCCAGGAGUGCCGGCGGCUGCCGGGGGAGCCGGGGGCGGAUCACGUGGGCCGAGUGUUGGCGCAGGUGGGGCCGAGUAUGGUCCUCUGCAGCGUCUCCGAGGUCAUCUGCUUCCUCCUGGGGUCGCUCUCCUCCAUGCCGGCCGUCCGCACCUUUGCCCUCACGGCCGCCGUCGCCAUCACCUUCGAUUUUCUGCUCCAGAUGUCGGCGUUCGUCGCCCUCGUGGCCCUCGACGCCCGCCGGCACCGGGCCGCCCGUUUCGACGUCUGCUGCUGCUGCGGUUUGGGGGACGCGGGGCACGAGGGCCGCGGUGUCCGUCUGCUGCGCCCCCUGCUGCGACGCUGCUGCGCCCCCGUCCUGCGGCACCGCCUGGCGCGGCCCACCCUGGUUCUGCUCUUCCUCUUCGUGGCCUUCUUUGGGCUCUACCUCAGCCUCCAGGUGUCCGUGGGCCUCGACCAGGAGCUCGCCAUGCCCGCGGACUCGUAUCUGCUGCCCUAUUUCGCCGCCCUGAAGGACUAUUUGGCCGUCGGGGUCCCCACCUACUUCGUCACCACCGGCGGUUAUAACUUCUCGUCCGCGGAGGGCACCAACGGCGUCUGCUCCAGCGCCGGCUGCGACGCCGCCUCCCUCACCCACACCAUCCAGUACGCCACGCGCUUCCCCAACGAGUCCUAUUUGGCCAUCCCGGCCACCUCCUGGUUGGAUGAUUUCCUGGAUUGGCUCAAUCCCAACAGUCGGUGUUGCCGCGUUUACCGAUCCGGCAAUUCCAGCGGAGAGUUCUGCCCUUCCACCAGCGAUGACCUCAACUGCUUCGCCUCCAAAUGCCUGAGGACCGCGCGGCGCCCCACGGUGGAGGAGUUUGAGCGCUUCCUCCCGUGGUUCCUCCACGACCGCCCCAACGUGCGCUGCGCCAAGGGAGGUCUCGGCGCCUACGACACGGCGGUCAGCAUGGACGCCAACGGCACCAUCUUGGCCACGCGGUUCAUGGCCUAUCAGCGCCCGCUGAGGACCUCCCAGGAGUACACGGAGGCGUUGAGGGCGGCGCGCGCCCUCGCCCAGGAGAUCACCACCACCCUGCGGAGAAUCCCGGGAACCGACCCCGAAUUCCGGGUCUUUCCGUACACGUUGACCUACGUCUACUACGAGCAGUACCUGUCGGUGGUGGCCGAGGGCCUCCUCACCUUGGCCAUGUGUUUGGUCCCCACCUUUGGCGUCUCCUUCGUCCUUCUGGGGAUGGACCUUCGCUCCAGCGUUGCCACCGUCAUCACCAUCACUAUGAUCCUGGUGGACACCGUGGCCGCAAUGACCCUCUGGAACAUUCCCUACAACGCGGUGGCCCUCAUCAACCUCGUGGCGGCCGUGGGCAUCUCCGUGGAGUUCGUGUCCCACAUCACCUUCGCCUUCGCCCACAGCACCGCAAGCGACCGCGUGGAACGCGCCGUCCACGCCGCCGUGGAGAUGGGCAGCAAGGUGGUGGCGGGGGUGGCCCUCACCAACGUGCCGGGGGUGGCGGUGUUGGCCAUGGCCAAAGCGCAGCUCGUGCAGAUCUUCUUCUUCCGCCUCAACCUCAUCAUCACCGUGGUGGGAACCGUCCACGGGGUCCUCUUCCUCCCCGUCCUCCUCAGCUACAUCGGUCCCGCCGCGCCCAUCCCCGCGGGGGUCGCGACAGAGGUCACGACAGAGCCGACGGUUCGCGGUUCCGACGGUGCUCACAUCAACCCCUGUUUUGAGGAGAAGGACGGGGAGAAACCCCCGGAGAAACCCCCGGAGAAACCCCCGGAAGAGCCCCCGGAGAAACCCCCGGAAGAGCCCCCGGAAGAGCCCCCGGAGAAACCCCCGGAAGAGCCCCCGGAAGAGCCCCCGGAAGAGCCCCCGGAAGAGCCCCCGGAAGAGCCCCCGGAGCCGUAG